UUGAGGCAGCUAGGCACACUUUCCACACUUCUCUCCCUCCAAAAUUUCGAAAAGUCGGUCGCUCACUCUCUCAGUUAGGGUUAGGGUUAGGGUUUUUAAAUUGCUUGUUUUCUACCAAAUUGAAGGGAUAAUGGCUAGAUAUAGGAGUCGUAGCCGGAGCAACAGCCCUCGUCGCCGUAGCAGGAGCCAUCGUCCACGUGACAGAAAGCGUUACGACGACGAGCCGCGUAGGUCUCAGGGCGACCGUCGCUCUCCCAUUCCUUCUGGUUUGCUUGUUCGCAACCUCCCUCUCGAUGCCAGGCCGGAAGAUCUUAGAAUUCCGUUUGAGAAAUAUGGUCCAGUGAAGGAUGUGUAUCUUCCUAAAAAUUUUUACACUGGAGAACCACGAGGCUUUGGUUUUGUGAAGUUCAGCUACGGUGAAGAUGCAUCUGAAGCAAAGCAACGGUUGAAUCACACACUCAUUGGUGGACGUGAGAUAAAAAUUGUCUUCGCUGAUGAGAACAGGAAAACUCCUCAAGAAAUGCGUUUGAAUUCCCGUGCAAGUGGUCGAUACGGAGGGAGCUAUAGGAGGACAUCACCAAGGUCCCCAAGACGUCAAUAUCGUUUUUACUCUCGCUCACCUUCACCGAGGCAUGACUCAAGGGAUCAUCGGGAUAGGGAUGAUUAUCACUCCCCAAGGCGAUCUAGGUCUGUCUCACGAUCCCCUUCUCCACGUGAUGAGAGGGACUACAGGUCAAACCAGAGGUCCCCAAGACCAAGGGAGAAUGGUCGGAGUCUUCACGGUGACAGGAAUUAUGCACCGAGCAGGUCAAUGAGUCCUAUGGGUAAUAGUUGCAGUCCUUCAAGGUCUCGAUCAUGAUUCUACAGUUCUUGCUAAUAGCUGGUCGAGUUUUGUUUCCUGAUCUGAGGUGGUGUUCGAGUAGCUGCUGGGUGAAAGAUUACUCCCAAGUAUUCGUUUAACUAGAUGAAAUGUGUUUAAAACUCUAGGUUUAUUGGUAUGUGACUUUAUGACUGAAGUUGCUGCGUGGUGCUUAUGUUUGAUGCUUUAUUCUCUGUUAUAUUGCUAGACUAGUCAGUUGGUGUUUAUAAUUUGUGGAACAGCUGCACGGUCGCCUGUUGUCAAUUGUGGAUGCAGGCAUAGUUGGGUGUCAUUUGCCAUACUGCCUACCUUCAACCUCAUCAUACAUUAUUUUUUGA